GAGUGUUCCCUUGACACUUGACGUUACAGAUUAUUGAGUAUUUUCUAAGGUUUCUCCGGAGUAAAGAUGGUGUAAAGGACAAGUGUUGUAAAAAAGAUGGGCAGAAUCGUAGAAAUGGCCUAUCCGGGAGGUGGCUUAUACGUUGUCGAGGGUGAGCUCUGCCUCCUGGUAACGGCUAUGAGACGAAGCGCUCGAUGGUCCUCUCACUCUCAUCAGGACGAUGAUCAGGAUACUCUUAUAAAAGGAUUAUAUAGUUUAAAAGAGGCACUAAAUGAGGCAAAAGAUUUAUCUUAUUUGGAACCAGGAGUGUUCAUGGCACCAUUUCUGGAAAUUAUAAGAUCAGAAGAAACAACUGGACCUGUUACAAGCCUUGCUUUGUCUGCUGUUAAUAAAAUUAUAUCUUAUGGACUCAUAAAUUCUGAUCAUCCUGCAAUAGCACAAUGUGUAGAAUCAAUUGCAGAUGCUGUUACGCAUGCAAGAUUUGUUGGGACUGAUGCAUCAGGAGAUGGGGUUGUUUUAAUGAGAAUACUCCAGGUCUUGAGAGCUCUUAUGCUAUCACCAGCUGGAGAUUAUCUUUCGAAUGAAAGCAUUUGUGAAAUUAUGCUCAGUUGUUUUAGAAUAUGUUUUGAAUCACGCCUCAGUGAAUUAUUAAGGAAAGCAGCUGAACAUUGUUUGAGAGACAUGGUGCAACAUCUUUUCACUCGACUACCCCAAUUUGUAGAUGAUACUAGAGUCUUGAAUAUGAAAAAAAUGAGGACAAAUAAUAUGGAAAAUAGUCGUAGUAAAAAUAGAAGAAAUAAAAGUCACUCAAAGCAGAAAGCAAGGCCGAAUACAGAUAGUGUAGGGGAUAUUGAAAGUCAACAUAUUGAUAUUCCAAGUCCAACUGAUAGAGUUAGACCAGGUUGUUUCACAACACCGGUUACUUCGGCGGGAAAUAUUGUUGAUAUGCAAGGUUCUUUGGAUCAAGGUAGUGCUGAAAAACCUGAAGAAGAAAAGAAUGAAAACAAGGAUCAUAAUAAAAAGGAUUUAAAUAAUAUAAAUAAUACCACCAAGCAAGAAGAUGGAUCGGAUGCAAAAAGGGAGAAAGAAGAUUUAAAAGAUAUCAAAGAAUGUAAAGAAAAUAUUAACGAAAUAGAGGAUAAAACAAAUAUCGUGAAUGAUAAAGAACAAGUUUUACAGAAAGUAGAUAAAAGCAUGGAAAAUACAGAAAUAGAUGAACACAAUCAAACUAAAAAAGUAAAUUUAUUAAAGGAAGGAAAUCAAGAAAAUCUAACAAAAUCAGUCGACGACGAGAAAAAUGUAGAAUUAAUAAAAUCUCCUAUAGGAAGUGUAGAGGAUUUAUUGGUAGAUGAAAAUACAAAUAGUGCGAACAAAGUAUCUAAAGUCAAAGAAUCUGAACAAGUUGAAGAAUAUAUAAAUGCGCAAGGAGUUCGUUUUAUGCCACAUCAACAAUUAGCACCGUAUGGUGCUCUAUGUGUCCGUGAAUUAUUUAGGUUUCUUGUGUCUUUGUGUAGUCCUCUUGAUAAACAAAAUAGCGAAGUUAUGACACAUCUCGGGCUCACUUUAUUACAAGUAGUCUUAGAAACAGCUGCUGAUUAUCUUUCCAAUUUUCAGUCAUUAUUGGUGCUUGUGAAAGAUGAUCUUUGUAGAAAUCUUAUCUUGCUUCUUGGCACAGAUCGAUUGUCGAUCCUUGCAGUGAAUUUGCAAGUAUCAUUCUUGUUAUUUGAAUCACAAAGGGAACAUUUGAAAUUUCAAAUGGAGCAUUAUAUAAGCAAAUUGAUGGAAAUAAUAAGUUCAGAUUCGAAUAGGAUAUCAUAUGAACAACGUGAACUAGCUCUAGAGGCCAUUGUACAAUUAUGGAGAAUACCCGGUUUACCAGCAGAAUUGUACUUAAACUACGAUUGCGGAUUAUAUUCUACUAAUUUAUAUGAAGAAUUAAUGAAACUUUUGUCAAAGAAUGCUUCAGCACUAAUAGGUAAUAUGCAGAAUAUGCAAUUCGUUUCCUUGGAUGCCAUUUUUACAUUGAUCUCUGGAAUGGAAAUCAGAUGUAAAGGCUACAAAGAAUUGUGUAAACCGUCUCGGCAUAGUGCAUCACCAAAUCUUCCAACACGAGAGGAACUGCUGGCUAUAAAGGCAAAUAAGCGGUGGUUGGUACACGGUACGGAAAAAUUUAAUGAAAAUCCGCGAGAGGGAAUCGCUAAACUUACAGAACAUGGUCUUCUGGGUGGAAGUCCAGGUAACCCUGAUCCAGAGAAAGUAGCCAAAUUCUUGAAGGAAAACCCUGGGCUUGACAAAAAAGCUAUUGGAGAAUAUAUUAGUAAAAAAGAAAAUAAAAGCGUUUUAAAUUGUUUCGUUCAUAAUUUUGAUUUGAAGGAUAUGCGAAUCGAUCAAGCUCUACGACUUUAUCUAGAAUCUUUCAGACUUCCUGGUGAAGCUCCACUUAUUUCUUUGUUGCUUGAAAAAUUUGCAGAACAUUGGCAUGACAGUAAUGGAAGGCCGUUUGCGUCAGCUGAUGCUGCAUUUACUUUAGCGUAUGCUGUAAUUAUGUUAAACGUUGAUCAACAUAAUUACAAUGUAAAACGACAAAACAAUCCUAUGACUGUUGACGAAUUUAAAAGAAAUUUAAAAAAGGUGAACGGCGGUGCCGAUUUCGAUCAAGUGAUGCUUGAUGAGAUAUAUGCUUCUAUAAAGGGUGAAGAAAUCGUGAUGCCUGCUGAACAGACUGGGUUGGUCAAAGAUAAUUACUUGUGGAAAGUUCUAUUACGUAGAGGCGUUGGUCUUGAAAGUUUCUACCUAAGAAUUGGGAAUUGUGGUGAAUUUGUGGAUAAGGAACUAGCUGAAGAAGCAUGGGCUCCUAUUAUAAGUGCGCUUUGCAGAGCGUAUGAUAAAGCGCCCGAUAGAUCGUUACAACGUCGAGUCGCUGAAGCUUUCUACCUUUGCGCUUCAAUUAGUGCUCAUUAUGGGAUGACUAGCGAUUUGGAUACUCUUAUAGUAAGUUUAUGCAAGUUUACGGGUCUGGCGACUGGUGGUGAGCCCGAUCAAGUAGUUUUACAACUGGGUGGAAGUAGCAGGUGUCAAUUAGCCGCACGUACACUGUUCAAAAUUACUCAUAUACACGGGGAUGCAAUAAGAGCGUCGUGGAAAAAUAUCAUUGAUUGUCUGCAAUCGUUAUACAAGGCAAGACUACUGCCGAAGAGUCUGACUGAAGGAGAAGAUUUUAUCGAUCCAUCCGGGAAGAUAUCGUUACUUCGAGAACCUACUACACCUAAACCAGCUCCGGUGGAUCAGGGAAUAUUAUCUAGUUUAUAUUCCUAUAUAGCAAUGGAUACCUCACGCAUGUCUCAUCCAGCGGAAACGACUGCAAGAAAAAGAGCUGCAGAAUUUAUUGGGACUUGUUAUCUUAAACAAAUUAUCGAGGAAAGCAAAUUCUUGCAAGUCGAAUCGCUUCGGUCUCUUGUCGGUGCUUUGGUAUUGCCAAAUUCUCACGAUGAAGAUGUAUCUGUAUUUUUGCUGGAAUUAUUGUUGGAAGUAACUAUUCAAAAUCGUGAUAGAGUAGCGUGCAUUUGGCCAGUAGUUCAAGGUUAUCUAGAUGGACUAUUAACAACAGCUGCACGUGAAAAUCACCCAUAUCUUUUGGAACGGGUGACUGUUGGAAUGUUGAGAUUAGCGAUUAGGUUACUACGAGGAGAAGAAUAUGCGUGUACCGUUUUGCCUCCUUUGUUGCCCUUGGCUCAUCUGCCUUCUUCUACGAGUACACCACUCGCGAGACAGAUCGCGUACGGUUUGUUCGAGUUGCUUAAAACUGGUGCUGCUAAUAUUCACAGUACGGAAGAUUGGAAAGUGGUGUUCAAUUUGUUGGAGUGUGCAGGUGCCGGAGCAUUGCUGCCAAAACAAUCGAACACUGUACUGGAUGAAGCAACCAAUUCUAGAACAUCGAUAUUGGAUCCUAGACCGAUUAGUCCUGUGCCUGAAUGGGUACUAGUGUCUCCAACAGGGACGGAAGCACCGUUGCCUGUUGCUGCCGAUACGAUAGUCUUAGACCGCGAUUUACAACCUCACGACCCUGCUGCGUUCGUUAAAUGCUGUGAAAGCUUAACGUUUCUAGUCAGAGAUGUGGCUCAUGUAACUCCAUUUAACUUCGAAUUGUGUAUUCGUUGCGUGAGGACAUUCGCCGAAGCAGUCCUUCAGUGUUCGGGAAAAAGGAACAAAGUACUCAGUCCAACUGAUGAAUCUGUUGCUGCAGCUACCGCUGCUACCUAUCAACAGAGUCCUAUACAAUUGCUGGAUCUGAUGCACACGCUUCAUACCAGGAUCGCCCAAGUAUUUCGAUGGUGGGCAGAAGAAGGGAAUGGUACAGAAAAUGUUUCAUUAUGGUUACACGUGUGGAGGCCUUUGUUGCAAGGAAUCGCGAGGUUGUGUUGUGAUGCUCGCAGACAGGUACGCACGGCAGCUAUAACAUAUCUUCAAAGUACUCUGCUUGCUCACGAUUUAGCACAAUUAUCAGCGGUGGAGUGGUCUCAGUGUUUGGAACAGGUUCUGUUCCCUCUACUGGCUCAGUUACUCGGACCAAUAGCAUCGAAUGAUCCUAUCGGUGUAGAGGAGACAAGAGUGAGAGCAGCCAUGUUAUUAUCAAAAGUGUUUCUUCAUCAUUUGAAUCCGUUGUUAACCCUUCCUGGAUUUUUACCACUCUGGCUUACCGUGUUAAGUUUACUCCGUGCUUAUAUGCAUGCCGAUAAUAGCGAGCUUCUUUUCGAAGCCAUACCGGAAUCAUUGAAGAAUAUGUUACUGGUCAUGUCUUCCGCUAAUGUAUUGGCUCCAACAUCAAAUCUGUGGACUCCAACUUGGAGAACGAUCGAUGCAUUUUUACCUAAUUUGAAGGCAGAAUUAUUUCCAGAACCACCGGUUAUCCCGGUUAUAUCAUCCUCGUCUGAAUUGUCUCAGACACAACAAACUUCACCAGUAAUCAGUUUGAUUGAGCAACAACAACCAUCUUUUCCCGGGUCCAUAGCACCACCUCAACCGAAACCCAACGUAUCAACCGAUGAUACACAUCAUAAUCAUCCCUCAUCAAUCGUUAUCGAUUCCGAAGAUAUGUCAGCAAUAGUGGCAUCGACGAUACCAAAAGUAUCGAAUGAAGAGAAUUCUGAAUGUCUAUCAAAGUCGAUUAUUUGUGGAAAUAAGGAUUUAGAGAAGGCUAUAACAGUAAAUGUGCAGAACGAAUACGAAGAACGGAGACAGCAGCUGCAAUACCAGCAAGCAUUAUUACAUUCGCAAUCUGAACAACAUUUAUCAUAUAAUCAACAAAUAGAACACGCUGGAGCACUAAAUUCUUCUCUCCGGACAGAUACAUCUCAGACGAUGACUGUAGAUUCCGCAGCAACAACAAUGUUCAAUUCUGCAGCAUACUUUACUGAAGAUCCGGCAGCGGAUCGAUUAUUUGCCGUGACUAAUCCUUGACCACUGUAUAUUUAUUAUGUAUAUUCUACCAUUGCUAUUCCAGAAGAGAAAUUUUUGGGCGAGAUUUUAGCGAAAGGGAGAUUAGUACACGUUGCAGUAGAUGAACCUUUGGUUUCUUGUAUAUUUUACAUUACGAUAUAUUAAUAAUAAUAUAUAAUGAUGCAUUUGAUAUUAUUAUUAAUAUAUACGUAUACAUAAACAUUGUAUACAUUACACGUAUAUAUACAUAAAUAAUAAUAAUGUGUGUGAUGCGAUAUCGUAUUUCGUGAAAUUUCGUUAUCUUCUUAAUCGUCUUUAUGAACGUUUAGUUCUUUUAACCGAUGUAUCAUUAUGUAUUGAUAUACCGGAAUACGACGCGAAUUACGAUAUCGGGGAUAAUAUUAUUAUAAACUGUUUCUAGGCGAACGAGUGGUGGUAAAUCAGUUCAAAUUCUUGCAACUGUACGAAAAUAAUUACAAAUUAAUCUACUGCUUGUAUCUCGAUACCUGGAGGGCUGAGAAUCAUAGAGGUUUAAAUCAAUCCAUUACUUUAUCCAUAGCGUUCUACGUUUAUUAUCAUAACAAUUUCACUACAUUUUUUAAAUUAAAAUAUAUUAUAUUUUAAUCAAAAUUAUUAAAAUAAAUAUUGAAACGAGCCCUAACAAAAAAGAUUUUUUCUUGAAUCUUUCACGAUAAUUGAUGGGAUGAUACCUUCAAGAGUUUCGAUACCUGGCAAAAUCAAAAUUCUCGAAAUCUUGACCUACACUAAUAUGAUUUUCAGCCCAUCAUGUAUGCAUCGAUACGUACAGUUUGCAAGAUGAGGAUUCAUCCUUCUUGAUUUAUAUUUUUUUUCUAUUCCUUUACAUUUUAUGUAUGUACAUAUGAAUAUGUAAAAUCUGAGAUAUCUGGGGUCAAGGGUCGAAUCAAUUUCGCGUGUCACUACUUGACACGGCUGUGAUUUCUGUGGUUCGAUUACGAAUAAUCACUUUGUACAUACUCGUUAUAUCUUGAUUAUGAUAUAUGAAUUUCUGUAAGCCUUGUAACAUGUUUGAGACACAGUUACAAGAAAUAUUUUACAAGGUAAACUUACACCGCUAUCCCAACGCUUGACUCAAGUAGACAAUGUAAUUGAGAAUCGCGUUAAAUAAUAUUCGAAGCAGCCGUGCUGCUUGACUUUUUAAAUAUAGGAGAAACCUAUGUA